UUUGUAGUUAUCGAUGAUUUCGCGACACGGCAAGAUUCGGCAUAAAUACGCAUAAGCGAAACGUUUUAAACCUUUGUAGUACCAGUGUGUAGUAUUUUCUGCAAGAUUUCUAAUUUAAUGCGUUGGAUAUCAGUAUGCAGAAAAUGAUUUCCAAUGAGACUUUACUGAUGUCGACUGUGGUUCAGACACGACGAAUGGUUUUUGAAUAUACACAAGCAUUUACUGAAUAUUAUUUAAUACAAGAUAAUUCAUUUCUCAAAAACGAAACUUUUGAUAAAAUGUGGAAAGAGAGAGGAUUUAAUAUUUUCUAUAUGAUGAAUAAUUUAUUCAGUAUCAAAAAUGUUCUAAACGACUUUAUUUUUGAGAAAGCGAUAAAUUUGUAUAACACUAGUACAUCAAGUCGGACAUAUAAGGAACAUUUUACUCUUGAUAGUAUAUGGAACAAUAUAACGUUUGUGCCAACCAUAUAUAACAACAUGUAUUUGAAGAAUAUAAAUAUAAAAAAUGUGAUAACUUCAUGGAUAACACAAUAUGAUUAUCCUGUAGUACAAGUAAAACGGGAAAAUGAUAAACAAUUUCUAGAAAUUAUGAUUCAAGAUUGUGUUACGGUUAAAAAAAAGAACAUGUGUGUAUACAAGUGGUGGAUACCUAUAAUCUACGUAAAAAUAUCAAGAAAAACGUUUACUACUAAUUAUGUGUACCUAACAUCAGACGGAACAAGUAUUUUUGUUGCGAAUAUUGAGGAAGAUGAUUUUAUCGUAAUCACGGGACAAAAUGGAUAUCGCGUCAAUUAUGAUCGUCAAUCUUGGGAAAAUAUUGCUCUCUUCCUAAAAAGUGGAAAAUCUGAGAUUUGGGAUGCAUCUAAUUUAACUGACGUCACUUUAGCACAAAUUCUUGACGAUGCGUUUUAUUUUUUAAUACAAAAUACAAAGUAUACUGUACCUCGUGGUGCAAAUAUUGAAAAUAUAGACAUAUUUUUCAAUCUUGCAAGCAAUGUAGUUCGCGUAAAGAAUUUGUACAUAGUGUGGCAUUCCGUACUUACAACUCUUCAAUACAUAUCAAAGAUUUUUCCAUUAUUAGAAAGCGCAAAGAUCAAGACUAAAGUUCUAGAAAUAUUGAAUAGUUAUCUGGAAGAUAUAUCACAUAACAAUGUUUCCGAGAAUACUGUCAGUAAUCAAGUAUAUCACGAAGUUUUAAAAUGGACAUGCAUUCUUGGUGGCUUAAAGUGCAAAGAACAUAUUAAUGCUAUAUUAACGUGGCAAUUUGAACAUUAUAUACAACACAGAUUGUUGCCAAGUUGGCAGAGAUGGAUAUAUUGCCAAGGACUGAAGUUAAAAAUUGUAACUAAAUUUAUAUUGUGGCUUAAAAUACAGAAUAAUUACUUGUUACAAGAGAAAUUAGAACAAUUCUUUCAACUUCUUCCUUGUUUCAACUUUGGAUUGAAUUAUAGUUUGGAAUCUUUGCGUUUUGCAACAUAUAAGCAUGUAACAAAAAGUGAUUCUUUUACUAUUCUUUUUGAUAUUGUUGCAAGACAUAUAGAAGAUGUUUCUUCACUGAAUAUUAUAAUAAACGAAAUAGAACAUAAAUAUUCACCAAGAUAUAUGAGCCUACUUGCUGUUGUGAAUUUUAGUAUUAAUCACAUAUAUUUAGAAGAAGAUUUUGAAAAGAUUCGUAAGACUGUAGUAUCACUUUUUGGAAAACUGAUCGACAUAUAUAAUAUAGAGAAGGCGAAAGUUAUAAAUGAUGUCAUUAUGAAAAAAGUUGAGAAUCGUCGUAUGUUUGUAAAUGACAUGAAAAUGAACAUUCGCGAUGUACUUCAUUCCCAGCAAACAAUUUCUGUUUUUGACAAUUUCGGCGCAGACCUUGGUAACAGAAACUGUUUACAGAAAUGCUACAAUACGGAAACACCGCCAAAAUUGUUAGCACACAGAAAGAAAAAACGCAACAACUCUGUUGACAAAUACAUGAGAGUAUUGCAGCCAAAACGAUUCCAUAUAUGUCAGUGA